CCAGGACCGACUCCGGGAUCGGGAAUUUCCGGGACCGCCUGAAGAUUCCAGGGUCCGGGAUGAACGGCUCUGGGCUGGAGGACCUCUUCCUGCAGAGGUACUCGGGUGGUGGUGUGCUCCUGUGCUUCCCCCCGUGCUGGGACACUACCCUGUUGCAGGGAGCUGGGUGUUGUUUGCCGGAGCUGACCCCGGGAGGGUUCCGCACUUACCCCCACCUCUACAAGACUGAACUGUGCCGUCGCUUCGCCGACUCUGGCUGCUGUAAAUACGGGGAGCGCUGUCAGUUUGCUCACGGUCUGCAUGAACUGAGGCUGUUACCCCGUCACCCCAAGUACAAGACGGAGUACUGCCGCACCUUCCACUCGCUCGGCUUCUGUCCGUAUCAGAGUCGCUGUCACUUCAUUCACGAUGAAGGAGAGCGCCGCAUCGCAGCCCCCCGGCUCGACCCCUGCUCCCGGCGGACUCCCGGCUACAGCCAAGCCCCCUCCCCGGCUUCAGAUGGACUCUCCUCCUCCUCCACCUCCACCUCGGACAGUCCCGAGCACUUCCCCGGGAGCCCGGCCUGCCCCAGCUCAGAGCCCACCGCCAACAACAACAACAACACCUCUCCUGCAGGUAGCGCCGCCACAUCCUGCUGUGUCUACAACAACAACAACACCUCUCCUGCAAAUAGCGCCGCUGCCUCCUGCUGUCUCAACAACAACAACACCUCUCCUGCAGGUAGUGCCGCCACCAACAACAACAACAACAACACCUCUCCUGCAAGUAGCGCCGCUGCCUCCUGCUGUCUCUACAACAACAACACCUCUCCUGCAGGUAGUGCCGCCACCAACAACAACAACAACACCUCUCCCGCAAGUAGCGCUGCCGCCUCCUGCUGUCUCUACAACAACAACACCUCUCCUGCAGGUAGCGCCGCCGCCUCCUGCUGUCUCUACAACAACAACACCUCUCCCGCUGCUGCCACCACCUUCACCAACAAGAACACUUCUCCCGCUGGUGCCGCCACGUCCUGCUGUAUCUACAACAACAACACCUCUCCUGCAGGUAGCGCCUCUAUGUCCUGCUGUCUGCACAACAACAACACCUCUCCUGCAGGUAGCACCGCUGACUGUCAUCACUACAACAACAACACCUCUCCUGCAGGUAGCACUGCUGACUGUCAUCACCACAACAACAACAACACCUCUCCUGCCGGUGGCACCGGUAUCGCCAAGCUCCUGGUGCCGCUCGCACAGAGGCUGCGAGCUCUGGAGGGCUCUGGCCCCACCUCCCCACCCAGGUCCUCCGGCCUCCGGUCCCCCAGGGAAGCGGACCGUCCCCCUGGACACCGGAGUCCCAGCCUGGAUUCUCAGGCCCAUCCUGCUGGCGCCUCUGAGGCCCUCGCUGCCCUGGACUCGGCAAAGCGUCUCCCCGUCUUCAGCAGGAUCUCAACCAGGAGCAUCUGACGCAACUCUCAGGAGAUUUCCCCCUCCUCCCCCAUCACUGGGGACUGUGGGAGGGGGCCCGGACUCUGAACAGACUGUGGCU